GUGACAACGGUCAAUAAUGAAGGUGGCUGCGGCGCCGCGGCAAGCUCAGCUGCGCCUGGCGGGGGCGGCGCCAAGGCCGCGCCUGUAAGACCUCGGGCCGGCGCGGCGGGAUGGGGACACGGCGCGGGGAGUAAGGUGGCGACAGCGGCGACAAGAGGAACUUCAGCCUGAGGGGUUCGCUCGCUCCCCCCUCUGGCUUGUCCGCCUCCAUCUGCAGCCCCUCGGCCCCCGCGCCCCGCGGGGCCGGGCCGGCGACGACAGGGGCAUGUGGCGUUGGGUCCGGCAGCAGCUGGGUUUUGACCCACCACAUCAAAGUGAUACAAGAACCGUUUACAUAGCCAACAGGUUUCCUCAGAAUGGCCUUUACACACCUCAGAAAUUUAUAGAUAACCGGAUCAUUUCAUCUAAGUAUACUGUGUGGAAUUUUAUUCCAAAAAAUUUAUUUGAACAAUUCAGACGAGUGGCAAAUUUUUAUUUUCUUAUUAUAUUUUUGGUUCAGCUUAUGAUUGAUACACCUACCAGUCCAAUUACCAGUGGACUUCCAUUAUUCUUUGUGAUAACAGUAACCGCCAUAAAGCAGGGAUAUGAAGAUUGGUUACGACAUAACUCAGAUAACGAAGUAAAUGGAGCUCCUGUUUAUGUUGUUCGAAGUGGUGGCCUUGUAAAAACUAGAUCAAAAAAUAUUCGGGUGGGUGAUAUUGUUCGGAUAGCCAAAGAUGAAAUUUUUCCUGCAGAUUUGGUUCUUCUGUCCUCAGAUCGACUUGAUGGUUCAUGUCAUGUUACAACUGCUAGUUUGGAUGGAGAAACUAACCUGAAGACACAUGUGGCAGUUCCAGAAACAGCAUUAUUACAAACAGUUGCCAAUUUGGACACUCUCACAGCUGUGAUAGAAUGCCAGCAACCAGAAGCAGACUUGUACAGAUUCAUGGGACGAAUGAUAAUAACUCAUCACAUGGAAGAAAUUGUAAGACCUCUGGGGCCAGAGAGUCUCUUGCUUCGUGGAGCCAGAUUAAAAAACACAAAAGAAAUUUUUGGUGUUGCUGUUUAUACUGGAAUGGAAACUAAGAUGGCAUUAAAUUACAAAAGCAAAUCACAGAAACGAUCUGCAGUAGAAAAGUCAAUGAAUACAUUUUUGAUAAUUUAUCUAAUAAUUCUGAUUUCUGAAGCCAUCAUCAGUACUAUCUUGAAAUAUACAUGGCAAGCCGAAGAAAAAUGGGAUGAACCUUGGUAUAACCAAAAAACAGAACAUCAAAGAAAUAGUAGUAAGAUUCUGAGGUUUAUUUCAGACUUCCUUGCUUUUUUAGUACUCUACAAUUUCAUCAUUCCAAUUUCAUUAUAUGUGACAGUUGAAAUGCAGAAAUUUCUUGGAUCAUUCUUUAUUGGCUGGGAUCUUGAUUUAUAUCAUGAAGAAUCAGAUCAGAAAGCUCAAGUCAAUACUUCCGAUCUGAAUGAAGAGCUUGGACAGGUGGAGUAUGUGUUUACAGAUAAAACUGGUACACUCACAGAAAAUGAGAUGCAGUUUCGGGAAUGCUCAAUUAAUGGCAUGAAAUACCAAGAAAUCAACGGUAGACUUGUACCUGAAGGACCAACACCAGACUCUUCAGAAGGAGACUUAACUUAUCUUAGUGGUUUAUCCCAUCUUAACAACUUAUCCCAUCUUACAAGUUCCUCUUUUAGAACCAGCCCUGAAAAUGAAACUGAACUAGUUAAAGAACAUGAUCUCUUCUUUAAAGCAGUCAGUCUCUGUCACACUGUACAGAUUAGCAAUGUUCAGAGUGAAUGCAUUGGUGAUGGUCCCUGGCAAUCCAACCUGGCACCCUCCCAGUUGGAGUACUAUGCAUCUUCACCAGAUGAAAAAGCUCUAGUAGAAGCUGCUGCAAGGAUUGGCAUUGUAUUUAUUGGCAAUUCUGAAGAAACUAUGGAAAUUAAAACACUUGGAAAACUGGAACGAUACAAACUGCUUCAUAUUCUGGAAUUUGAUUCAGAUCGUAGGAGAAUGAGUGUAAUUGUUCAGGCACCUUCAGGUGAGAAGUUUUUAUUUGCUAAAGGAGCUGAAUCAUCAAUUCUUCCUAAAUGUAUAGGUGGAGAAAUAGAAAAAACCAGAAUUCAUGUAGAUGAAUUUGCUUUGAAAGGGCUAAGAACUCUGUGUAUAGCCUAUAGACAGUUUACAUCUAAAGAAUAUGAGGCAAUAGAUAGACGCCUAUUUGAAGCCAGGACUGCCUUGCAGCAACGGGAAGAGAAAUUGGCAGACACCUUCCAGUUCAUAGAGAAAGACCUGAUAUUACUUGGAGCUACAGCAGUGGAAGACAGACUACAAGAUAAAGUUCGAGAAACUAUUGAAGCAUUGAGAAUGGCUGGGAUUAAAGUAUGGGUACUUACUGGAGAUAAACAUGAAACAGCUGUUAGUGUGAGUUUAUCAUGUGGACACUUUCAUAGAACCAUGAACAUCCUUGAACUUACAAAUCAGAAAUCAGACAACGAAUGUGCUGAACAGCUGAGGCAGCUUUCCAGAAGAAUUACAGAGGAUCAUGUGAUUCAGCAUGGGCUGGUAGUGGAUGGGACCAGCCUAUCUCUUGCACUCAGGGAGCAUGAAAAACUAUUUAUGGAAGUUUGUAGAAAUUGUUCAGCUGUAUUAUGCUGUCGUAUGGCACCAUUGCAGAAAGCAAAAGUAAUAAGACUGAUAAAAAUCUCACCUGAGAAACCUAUAACAUUGGCUGUUGGUGAUGGUGCUAAUGAUGUAAGCAUGAUACAGGAAGCACAUGUUGGCAUAGGAAUCAUGGGUAAAGAAGGAAGACAGGCUGCAAGAAACAGUGACUAUGCAAUAGCUAGAUUUAAAUUCCUCUCCAAAUUGCUUUUUGUUCAUGGUCAUUUUUAUUAUAUUAGAAUAGCUACCCUUGUACAGUAUUUUUUUUACAAGAAUGUGUGUUUUAUAACACCCCAAUUUUUAUAUCAGUUCUACUGUUUAUUUUCUCAACAAACAUUGUAUGACAGCGUGUACCUGACUUUAUACAAUAUUUGUUUUACUUCUCUACCUAUUCUGAUAUAUAGUCUUUUGGAACAACAUAUAGACCCUCAUGUAUUACAGAACAAGCCCACCCUCUAUCGAGAUAUUAGUAAAAACCAUCUCUUAAGCAUUAAUAAAUUUCUUUAUUGGACCAUCUUGGGUUUCAGUCAUGCCUUUAUUUUCUUUUUUGGAUCCUAUUUUCUGAUGGGGGACGAUGUAUCUCUGCUUGGAAAUGGCGAGAUGUUUGGAAACUGGACGUUUGGCACUUUGGUCUUCACAGUCAUGGUUAUUACAGUCACGGUAAAGAUGGCUUUGGAAACUCGUUUUUGGACUUGGAUCAACCAUCUCGUUACCUGGGGAUCUAUUAUAUUUUAUUUUGUAUUUUCUUUGUUUUAUGGAGGGAUUCUCUGGCCAUUUAUGAGCUCCCAGAAUAUGUACUUUGUAUUUAUUCAGCUUCUAUCAAGUGGUUCUGCUUGGUUUGCCAUAAUCCUCAUGGUUGUUACAUGUCUAUUUCUUGAUAUCAUAAAGAAGGUAUUUGACCGACACCUCUAUCCCACAAGUACUGAAAAGGCACAGCUUACUGAAACAAAUGCAGGUAUCAAGUGCUUGGACUCCAUGUGCUGUUUCCCAGGAGAAACAGCGUGCACAUCUGUUGGAAGAAUGCUGGAACGAGUUAUAGGAAGAUGUAGUCCAACCCACAUCAGCAGAUCAUGGAGUGCAUCGGAUCCUUUCUAUACCAACGACAGGAGCAUCUUGACUCUCUCCACAAUGGACUCAUCUACUUGUUAAAGGGGCAGUAGUACUUUGUGGGAGCCAUUUCACCUUUCCUAAAAUUCAGUGUGAUCAUCCUAUUAAUGGCCACACUAGCUCUGAAAUUACUUUCUGAAAUCUCUGGAGUAGUUCAUACCCACUCAGAGUCAGAUGGCAAACAAACAGAAAGCAUUAACACAAGCCCCUUAAUUUGAAUCUGAACGUGUUAAAAUUUGUGAAUGAAGAGACAUUUUCCAUCUCUUUGUCUGGUUUGUCCCUUGUGCUUAUGGGACUCCUAAUGGCAUUUCAGCCUGUUGCUGAGGCCACUAUAUUUUAAUGUCAAGGUAGAAAAGAGAUAAAUCCUAGUUAUGUGUAUUUUUUAAUAUUAGCUUGGUUAUCGACUCUUCUAUUUAAAUCUGCUGCUGUAAAUUAUGCUGAAAGUUUGCCUUGAGAAUUCUAUUUUUUUAUUAGAGUUAUAUUUGAAGCUUUUCAUGGGAAAAGUUAAUGUGAAUAGUAAGGAAUUUUGGUCCCUCAGUGACCUGUAUUGUUAAUUCAUUAGUGUUUUCUAAGUUCACAGAGUGAAUUAGAAGAAUAAUUUCCAACCAUUAUUUACUGCAGUAUGGGUAGUAAAUUUAUACCAAUACCAAAUUUCUUUAACUGUACUGUAAUGCAAAGCUAGCCAUAUAAAUACAAAGGCUAUAUCACAUCUUAUCUAUAAAUCAGGAAUCAGAUCCAUUCACCAAAUUUCAAAUUGAUGUUUACUGAUAUUUUUGUGACAAAAUAUGAAGAAUCUAUUGUGAGUAAAUUAGAUACCCUAGCAUAUUAUUAAUGUCUUUAUCAUUGGAUCUUUUGCAUGCUUUAAUCCAGUUAAUAUAUUUAAGUUUGCUUUUUUUCUCUUUAUCUGAAGGCUUUGUUUAUAGUAUUUUAUGACAGUGUUGUAAAGUUCAACUAUAUCAAUAAAAACCAAGUUUGGACAGUA